CUAAGGGCUGGAAGCGCGGGCGGCGGGGAAGGAGCAGGGAGCCCGGUGGAAGGCGACUCUAGGCUAGGCAAGGGCGUGCGUCCUUCACUCGACCCUGCCUGCUCCCGACCACAGCCGGCUCUUCUUGAAGAACUCCAGAGUCACUUCUCCGGGGAGGACUCUUUUAUUAAUAUCCCUCCGUCCAUAUAGAAAGGCUCUGAUCACAGCGCAUACAAAUAGGAGGCUUUCUCUCAGCUUCGGGGAAAGAGCACGGAUGCGCCUCUGAAACUGGGUGCGGUGGAUCCGCCUUAGAAGGAUCUUGAGGACCACUCCGCCUCAGGAGAGGCCACGAGGAGCCGAGGCCACCCUUCUGCCGUCCGCGCGUCUGGGCCAAACUGCCAUCUAGUGGCAGGACGAGUGGCAGCCUGCGUCCCACAGCCAAGAUGGCGAGGGGGCGGAGAGUUGCAGACGUUCCAAGUUCCACCCCCCUGUGCCAGCCCCCAGGACCUGAGCAGCGGACUCGCCAUAGCCCAUGUGCUGAAUCAGAUAGACCCUUCCUGGUUCAACGACGCAUGGCUCCAGGGCAUCUCAGAGGACCCAAGUCCCAGCUGGAGGCUGAAGGUCAGGAAACUGGAGAAGAUCUUACAGAGCUUGAUGGGAUACUCGAAGGAUGUUCUGGGACAUCCCGUAUCGGAACAGCUCCUUCCAGAUGUGAGCCUCAUUGGCGAGUUCUCAGAUCCCGCAGAGCUCGGCAAACUGCUUCAGUUGAGUAUAUCCAGAGAAUUAUGACACUGGAGGAAUCUGUUCAACAUGUAGUGAUGGAAGCCAUUCAGGAGCUCAUGACAAAAGAUACUCCCGAUUCCCUGUCAACGGAGACUUAUGGAAACUUUGAUACACAGUCCCGAAGAUACUAUUUCCUGAGUGAAGAGGUGGAGGAGGGUGAUGAACUUCAACAACACUGCCUAGAUCUGGAGCGCCAGAUUGUACUCCUUUCAGAGGAGAAACAGAAUCUGGCGCAAGAGAACGCUGCCCUGCGGGAGCGGGUAGGCUGCUUGGAAGUGGAGAGUGCCCCCGGCCUCACCACUAAGAAGCUGCUGCUCCUGCAGUCCCAGCUAGAGCAGCUGCAGGAGGAGAACUUCAGGCUGGAGAGCAGCCGAGAAGAUGAGCGGCUGCGCUGCAUGGAGCUGGAGCGGGAGGUCACUGAGCUGCAGCAACGGAACCAAGCGCUGACCAGCCUCUCCCAGGAGGCACAAGCACUGAAAGAUGAGAUGGAUGAGCUUCGACAGUCCUCCGAACGUGCAAGGCAGCUGGAGGCCACUCUGAACAGCUGCCGGAGCCGCCUGGGUGAGCUGCAGGAGCUCAGGCGGCAGGUGCGGCAGCUGGAAGAGCGGAAUGCGGGCCACGCAGAACGCACGCGCCAGCUGGAAGAGGAGCUGCGCCGUGCGGGAUCCCUGCGUGCACAGCUCGAGACUCAGCGCAGGCAGGUGCAAGAGCUGCAAGGCCAGUGGCAGGAAGAGGCCAUGAAGGCUGAGAAGUGGCUGUUCGAAUGCCGAAACCUAGAGGAAAAGUGUGACUUGGUGACAAAGGAAAAGGAGCGGCUGUUGACGGAGAGAGACUCUCUGAGGGAGGCCAACGAGGAGCUCCGCUGUGCACAGCUGCAGCCUAGGGGAUUGGCUCAGACUGACUUCUCGCUGGAUCCCACUCCUUCUGGCCUGGAAAACUUAGCAGCCGAGAUCCUGCCGGCAGAGCUCAGAGAGACGCUCCUGCGGCUCCAGCUGGAGAACAAGCGCCUACGCCAGCAGGAGGCCACGGACAGGGAGCGACAGGAGGAGCUGCAGCGCCACCUGGAGGAGGCCAACCGUGCACGCCAUGGGCUGGAGACGCAGCACCGGCUGAACCAGAAGCAGCUGUCUGAGCUGAGAGCCCAGGUGGAAGAUCUACAGAAGGCCUUGCAGGAGCAGGGGGGCAAGGCUGAGGAUGCCACUCCCACCCUGCUGAAGAGGAAGCUGGAAGACCACCUGCAGAAGCUGCACGAGGCUGAUCUGGAGCUGCAGAGGAAACGAGAAUACAUUGAGAAGUUGGAGCCUCCUACUGACAACAAUACAGCUCGUCGAAUUGAGGAGCUGCAGGACAGCCUGCAGAAGAAGGAUGCAGACUUGCAGGCCAUGGAGGAGCGCUACCGCCGCUAUGUGGACAAGGCACGCACGGUCAUUCAGACCCUGGAACCCAAGCAGCGGCCACCCACUGGGAUGUCCCCAGAACUCCAAACCCUGAGGAAACAGCUGUGGGAGCGGAACAUGCGAAUACGGCACCUGGAGAUGGACUAUGAGAAGAGUCGGAGUCAGCGGGAGCAGGAGGAAAAGCUGCUCAUCAGUGCCUGGUACAGCAUGGGUAUGGCCUUGGAGCAACGGGCUGGAGAAGAGCAGGCUCCUGCCCACGCCCAGUCCUUCCUGGCACAGCAAAGACUGGCCACCAAUGCACGCCGAGGACCCCUGGGACGCCUGGCUUCUCUGAGCCUUCGCCCCGCUGACAAACACUGACAGACUUCGACUUCCUGCUGCCUGCUGGAGUCCUCCAGCUCACAUGGGACCCAGCUUGACUGAGGUUGUGAUGUCUGCCCUUUGCUUCCUUAGCUGGGAGAGAAGGGGAGAGGCAGGUAGCAAGUGGUGCAGGCCAAUCCUUUUUAGCAAUGUGAUUCUUAUCCUUGAUUCUUCUUCUGGGUCUCAUACUACCUGGGAAGAGCCUGAUUUUAUAUUUGAAAAGAAUAAAGAUUUUAAAUCUAUCGUGAAUGGACUCUGAACACCAUGGUAAGGAAUAGAAAGUGGGCUAGGGACACAGACUGUUGUUUCUUUGAAAGCCUUGUCUUGUCUUGCAUUUUUUUCCCUCCCUCCCUCCCUCCCUUCCUCCCUCCCUUCCU